AUGGAGAUUUUUCAACCCCCUUUCAAGAGACCUCCAUCGGGGCACCUCAUCAUUCAAGAUUAUGUGGCUUCUGUCCAUAAAGCCUUUGACAGAGGCAGUCCAAGGACUCAAAAUAGAACCAGGAGCGAGGGUCAGCUCAAAUGGCAGGCUCCCAUGAUGAAUUGGAUCAAGGUGAAUACAGACGGUGUUGCCAAGAAUACUAACGCGUUUUUGGCCGAGCUAUGGGGUCUGUACAUUGGCAUGGAAAUGGCGUGGACAUUGGGGUUCAAGAAAGUGUGGUUUGAAUGUGACUCCAAGGCAGUUAUCACUGCCAUUCAGAGUCAUAAAGAGUGGCGCAACUCUAGCUCUAUUUUAUAUUCCCGCAUCCAUGAAUAUAUGAACUAUGAAGAGGGAUUGGGAUAUUCGAAUUUCCCAUAUCUAUAG